AUGAUAAAGAACGAAAAAGGACCAAAAAGGACGAAAAUAGACGAAAAGGACGAAAAUGGUCGAAAAAGGACGAAAAUGACCAAAAAUUAUGAAAAGGACGAAAAAGAACCAAGAAGGACGAAAAAGGACGAAAAGGACGAGAAGGAUGAAAAAAGACCAAGGAGGACGAUGAAGGACGAAAAAGGACAGGAAAGAUCGAAAAAGGACAAAAGGCACAAAAAAGGACGAAAAAGGACGAAAAAUGACGAAAAAGAAAUUUCGCACUGGCAUUCUAUUGAUAGAUUGACAAUUAAGUUUAUGGACGAACAGUCAAGUAGUUUUUCAGACAUAAUCAUUGAACCUCCAUUAACACAUGACGAGCGACAAAAAUCCAGUGCUCACUAA